CGAGGCGGACGACACGCCUUGGCCCCGCCUUCUGCGGCGACAUUUCAGCGCCAUGAGCAGCAGCAAGAAUCCGCUAAAGGCGGCGUACAGCAAAGUCCGUGAGGCGGAGGAACGCCAUGCGGAGAAGCUGCGCGCAAAGGCCGCACGGACGGCGGCACCUGCAGAGCGUGCUCCAGCGUACACAAAAACACUGCAGGCGACCAAGGACAAGGCGGCGGCGCGUCGCAAGGCGCUAGCGCAAACAGAGCGGGCGAGUGUGGCGGCCGCCGUGCGCGUGCGUAAGGACGACGGCGGCACGCUGCCUAUGGGCAAGGCGCUGUACCUCGUCCAGUCCUUCUUGCAGGGGCGGGAGAGGCAUGCCGAGGCGAGCGUGGAGCAGAUCCGCGAGGCGGUCGGCAUCAACAUCGACCCGGGCGCGAACCCCCAGCUGCACGACGCGCUCACCGAGAGCGAGCACGUCGAGGUGGUGCCUGCGGCGGGCGUGCUGCGGCUGCGCUACCGGCCAAAGCACGGCGUGCGCGACGCCGCGAUGCUAGCGGCGCUGCUCUCGCGCGCGGUGGUGUCGGGGGUGCCUCGCUCCGAGCUUGUGGCGACCAAGGAGCAGCCGCAGGCGUGCUACGAGGGCGUCGAGGCCGACAUCGAGAAACUCAUCAGAGAGGGGAGGCGGACCGAGACACUAGACGCCUCCCAGAUGCUCGCGCGGGCGGUGGCGAUCGAGAGGCCUGACACGCGCGACCGCGUGCUCUUCGCGCCAACCGCCGCCAAGCAAGCGCCCGCGGGACUGCGCGCGGCGUGGGCGGCGGUCGAGGUGCCGCGAGGGGACGACCUGCAGGCGGCGCUCGUGCAGAGGAAGCUACUCUCGAAGGAGGAGCUCGAGGUGCGCCGCGCGCGCAAGGCGGCGGCGAUCAAGGCACGCGAGGAGGCGAAGCGCGCGGCCAAGCCAAAGCGCGAGCGCGUGGGCUCGAGGAAAAUCACCAACACCCACCUCGACCUCGGCAAGUGAUGGCGGCAGCGCUCGAGGCCCUCGUCCUGUUGGGCUCUGCACAGCUCGCCCCCGUCGCCGCGGGCCCGGGGUGUCCUUGCAUCCUUUUCUCCAUUCUCGUGACGUGUUUCCGGUGCCGGGGCGCGUUUUGUCUUUUGUUUUAGAGUUUUAGUCGUUGGUGUUCGAUCCGC